GCAUGUUCCAGACGGACUGGCAAUUUACCUUAAAACGGCCUUUGCGAGCUUUCCGAACUUCUUUCUGACAACCGCCUUAAGUCGACACCAACUAAAUCACACCCAAAGCUAACAACCACUGAUUUCGGUAACAUGACAACCUUUAUCCCGGCCCUGACCCUACCCCACCAGGUCUUCGAGAAUGCCGCGGCUUCGAUCCUGCUCCCUAUAGCUUUGGGAACCGCCGUCGGCUACUCAACAAGACCCAAAGCCACGCAAAAAACCUAUGCCGCAAUCAAGAACCCCCCCUACCGCCCUCCCCCAUGGGUCUUUGGUCCGGCCUGGACACUCCUUUACGGUCUAAUGGGCUACGCCGCCCACCGCGCCAUCAACACCGGCCUCUCUCCCUUCUCCUCCAUCGAGCACAUCAACAUGACCAAGCAGGGCGCGACUCUUUACACCAUUCAGCUGGGCCUUAAUCUCAUCUGGAUGCCCCUCUUCUUCGGCCUUAAACGCCCCAUCGAGGCCACUGUCGAUAUUGUCGCCCUCCUCGGCGUUAACACCUACCUCACCUACCUCUGGGGCUCCGUGGACGCCGUCGCCGGCGCCUGCCUCGUCCCUUACCUCGGUUGGCUCUCCUUUGCUACCUACCUCUGUGCCGGCGCGGGGUACCUUAAUGACUGGGACCUCAAGGGUGCCGAGGAGCGCGCCGCCGCCGCCGCAGACAAGAAGCAGUAGUGCUAUAUCCGUCGUGAAAUUGCGGACCCCAGCGCGACGAAGGAAGGGGGAGUCGCGACGUAUGUAUUGAAAUGGCGUUUUCAUGGCUGGGGUAGGCAUUUUUCUCGCAUAGCAUCGUUCAAUGAAAGUGAGAUUCACGCUUGAGUUCUCGAUCAUACCCGGCUGCAAAUAUUUGAUGUGACUUCACCGGCUUACAUGCAUU